AUGUCCGCUCCCGAGGAAGAGGUCGCCAUGGAAACCCAGAGCAGCGACGGCGUCGUCUCGACCAACGAGAUCACAGCUGAACCCAAACCAGUUCUAACUGAGGUCACACAACAGGGUAGUGGUGUCAUUACAGCGGUCAAUGAAACCAUGAUGACCGUGACCGCAACAGAACCAAGUCAAGUCAACAUGGAACCUGUUGACCCGAUGACAACCGACAACGGCCAAAGCCAAAACGUUGCUGUCAUAGCCGCUAAACGGGAUUGCAAGAAUGGAGAAACCAUAGCAACCGCUACCAAUCACGCUGUUACCAACAAUGUUGACGUUAAUGAUGUCAUCAAUCCCGUCGACUCUGACAGCGUUGCUGACUCUGUACCAGCACAAACACCUGUAACUUCAGCCUCUGUCCCCGUAGCUCUCCCGGUGUCGGUAAAAGGUGAAGACAAACCGUUAGACUUCCCAACGGUAACUCAGGAGAUCCUCAAGGCCCUGGAGGCAGCAGUGCACCAACACCGCAUGGAGAGACUAGCUGAGGAACAAGGACAGAACCAGACACAGGACCAGGGAGAGGGGUGCCAGGCCAAGCCUCUAUCCGACAAGAAGAGCCCCGUAGCUGGGGAGAAGGGGGAGACCAAGACCCCGGCUGGAGAACUGAACCAGGCCCCAGCUCAACCAGAGAAGAAGACCGUGACGCCAACGCAGACUCAAAAAGAGGAGAAAAAUAGACCUGCGGUUUUCGACAAGAAAAAAAAGCCACAACCUGAGAAGUCACAGACAGAUAAAAAGCCUCCAACCACACCAGCUAAGAAGACCACAACACAGACAGAAGGAGCAAAGAAACCACCUUCAGGCUCUGGACAACCAGAGAAGAACCAGGGGAAGUCCGAAGGCUAUGGAGGAAGAGGCCGGCGCGGGGACCAUUCUUCCCCAGAAAGGAUAGACUCUUCCAGGCAUAGAAGCAGGCGGGCGGCCUCCGAGGAGGAGCAGGGUCCUCCGACGUCGAGACACGGCAACUCCUCUAGCUCCUCUUCUGGCUCCCUCAGGAGCAGCAGGCGGGACGGCAGCCCUGCCAAAAAGAAGGGGAGGAGAGGGGAGGAGGAGAGGAACAAAAGCCACAGCAGUAAAACGAACCAGUCCUCUAGGAGUGAGUCUAGAUAUAAGGACGCUCCAGAGAGAAAGGGUACCGGCUACGUGGCGGAUGAGUUCACAUCUGACGUCGUCCCAGGUGAAGCCAACCCCUUCGACCUGGACCAGUUCAACACGGAUGAGUUUGUCACCGUGGACGAGGUGGAAGGGGACGAGGCUGACAACACCAUCCCACCAGAGCCAUCAUCUCCAUCACACAAGACCCAAGGUAGGGCCUCGGAAAGGUCGGAACGAUCGUCCAAACGCAAGAGGGGUACCCCAGAUACCCCAACUUCUACUAGGAAAUGUAGCCGGGAGCAGGAGAAAGAGACACCUCCAUCCAAAAGCACUCCCACCCCCUCCUCUUCUACCUCUACCCCCCUUGGCCAGAAGACUCCACGAAAAGACGCAGCAGCCGCCAAAAUAACGCAUGCGGCGAAACCUCAACCAACUGCCACCUCUGGACGCAAGACCAGGUCAUCAGCCGCUUCUGCUGUUGUAGCAACCGAAGCCGCAGAAACCCAGGAAACUGUCGGCAACGAUGACGCCACAGUCCAGGUGGAGGCGGAGCCUGUUCCCGUGGAGCUUCUGUCUCAGCCAAUGGCCGAAGCAGCCGCUGCUCAGUCGGUAGAGAAAGUAGUGGUCACAAAGGGAAGUGACACAGAGGGUGCAUUACCGUCAUCUGGCCACAAGGUGUCAGUGUUGGAAAUUGCAGUGCCAGCGAACAAGGAAGGGGACAGUGCUGGGUCAGAGAGCGAUAUGGAGACUACAGCUGAAAAACCUCCAGAGGUAGACGGGAGCGAGGAGAAGGCCCAGGCUGAAAAAGGUGCCUCAAUUCUGGGUACCGAGGCUCAGAAUGGAGCCUGUCCACUGGAGCUUGUUCGGACUGCUCCGUCUGCCCCAGCUAAGGAGCAAGACCUUCAUAAGACCCUAGAACUACAAGAGGGGGAGACAGUGUCCGGUCACCAGGUGCCCCAAUCACUUGUUGACAAAGUACCCGAAGAAGAAAAUGGCGGUUUCCAGAUACUCGACGAAACCGUGGAUGACAGAGAAGAGUACAGCCAAGACACUCAAGAACAGUCUGGAUCUCUAUCUCUGGGUUACCAGGCGACUGCAGCCUCCGAAUCUACGGGUUCCCAGGAGCUCCAAACUACUCUAGAGGAACGCCAAGACAUAUCCGAAGACGAAGAAGAAUCUGCUUUCCACAUACUGGACUCUGUAGAAGACACUGAAGACCGAAGAGAUUCUCUACCCAGAGAGAUGGAUACGAAGGAAGCUCUGGACAACCAUACUACUGAAUCUAAGGGUACCUCAAAACCCCAAAAAGAGGGUUACAAAACGGGUAAGGGUAAUAUGACACUUCAAAAGAAGGAUGGUAAGAAGAUACCCCAAACCCAUGAAAAGGUACAGACCCCCACAGUGGAGACAGAGUGGGCUACCCACAAAAAGACUAACCUUGUCACCUUGGAUGAGGUGAGUGAGGAAGAGGAGAAUUACCCUGACGACGCUGCCGAAGAGGAAGAGCUGAUGAAGAAACAGAAACUAAUUGGAGGAGAGGGGGAUGAGGGAGGAGAGGAGGGAGCGAGGGAUCGGGAGAACGGAAUAACUGAGGCAGACCUUCAAGCAUUGGUCACUCUGGAUGAGAUCGUUGGCGAGGAAGGAGGGGAGGGGCCUAGCCCGGAGGCACACCCCUUCAGCCAGGAGGACGAAUCAGGAAACUCCUUCAACCCAGAGACUCUGGUCAUCCUGGAUGAGGCUGGAGGUGAUGAUGAGAUGGAGGAAGAGCAGCCCCAGACGUUUCCUGAACCAGCACAGACCCAGCACACUGACAACACAGGUACAGGUGUCUGUUAG